AGAAGAAAAAGCUUUUGAAGACCUAGAAGUUAUCUCUCAUACUGCUUAAAAGAUUGCUGAAAAUCGAAGAUGUCUUCGGCCGAGAUAAACAAGAAUGAAGUCGACAUUGUCAUCGGGGCUCUUAAUGCUGACCUUACACAGUUUUUGACCAGCUGGAGGCCCUUCUUCUCUGGAUUCCAUCUGAUUGUUGUCAAAGAUCCUGAGCUCAAGGAGGAACUCAACAUACCAGAAGGCUUUGAUGUAGAUGUCUACUCAAAGACUGACAUGGAAAAAGUUGUGGGUGCAUCCAAUGCCACCAUGUUUUCUGGCUAUUCUUGCAGAUAUUUCGGUUAUCUCAUUUCUAAAAAGAAGUACAUUGUCUCAAUUGAUGAUGAUUGUGUACCUGCUAAAGAUCCCAAGGGGUUCCUAGUGGAUGCUGUUACUCAGCACGUGAUCAACCUCGAGAACCCUGCCACGCCUCUCUUCUUCAACACCCUUUAUGAUCCUUAUUGCGAGGGAGCGGAUUUUGUCCGUGGUUACCCUUUCAGCCUCAGAAGUGGUGUCCCUUGUGCUGCAUCUUGUGGACUUUGGCUUAAUCUAGCUGAUCUUGAUGCUCCAACACAAGCUCUCAAGACAGAGCAAAGGAACACUUCAUAUGUUGAUGCGGUUAUGACUGUCCCGGCCAAGGCUAUGCUACCCAUAAGCGGGAUCAACAUCGCUUUCAACCGCGAGUUGGUGGGUCCAGCUUUGGUGCCUGCUCUUAGAUUGGCUGGAGAAGGGAAAGUGAGAUGGGAAACACUUGAAGAUGUUUGGUGUGGGAUGUGUCUGAAACAUAUCUCUGAUCAUUUGGGUUAUGGUGUGAAAACCGGACUGCCUUAUGUGUGGAGAAACGAGAGAGGGGAUGCAGUGGAGAGUUUGAGGAAGAAAUGGGAAGGAAUGAAGCUAAUGGAGAAAAGUGUUCCAUUUUUCGAGUCAUUGAAAUUGCCCGAGACUGCGCUUAAAGUUGAAGAUUGUGUGAUUGAGCUCGCUAAAGCGGUGAAAGAGCAGUUGGGUUCAGAUGAUCCUGCCUUCACACAAGCUGCUGAUGCUAUGGUUAAGUGGAUCCAGCUCUGGAAUUCUGUUAAUUCUAGCGCUUGAAGUUGAACAAUAUCUCGAGGUUAGGUUCCUUUAUCACUUCUAAGCAUAUUAUCGGGUCUCAGAGAUUUACCAAAGUCGUUUACUUUCUUUUAGUAUCCUCAUGUUUAUUUUCUCUUUUUUUUUUUCUAAUUAUAAGCAUGUUUUCGAGACUUUCAAUAAUGCAAACCUUGACUG